GCAUUAUUGGAUUCGGCUAGUGGGGGGUGUGUAUUUAAUCCCACAGAUAUUAAUUAGGCACAAUUAUUACACGGUCUACUUUGCUAAAAACAGACAUUGGUGUUACCAAUUUGAGACCGCCAUGGAUGCUUGUUUCAUCUCUUCGAGUUCUACCAUGAAUGCCCCCCUUGUCCGAGCAAGGCUGGUUCCGACAUACCCGAGCAACAACAUCGUCAAAUAUCCUAUCGGGAAAUCCAAGAAUCCAUUUUCUGUAACAUGCUCCCAAUCAGGUCCGGCGCCGAUAUCGCCGUCGCCGAGAGACGAGGCGGCGAGCCCUGUCCUCACGGCGGACUGGCGAGCCUUCCGAGCCAGACUGGUCGCCCGGGAGCAGGCCGUGCCGGCGCAAGACGGCCUAUCUCUAUCUUCCUUAAUGAAUCCCGCCGCCGCCGGAAACUCGCCGGCCGAUAAAUGGGCGCACCCUAUCCACGAGCCGGAGAAAGGCUGCUUACUGAUCGCGACGGAGAAGCUGGACGGAGUCGACGUCUUCGAGCGUACCGUCAUCCUCCUGCUCUCGACCGGGCCGGUUGGACCGACCGGUCUAGUUCUAAACCGGCAGUCCGUGAUGUCCAUUAAGGAGAUGCGGUCGUCGCCCCUGGACGUGUCGGGUGCCAUAUCCGACCGGCCGCUGUUCUCCGGCGGUCCGAUGGAGAACAGCCUCUUCCUGGUGAGUCCCGACGAGGAAGGGAAGGCCUACGUGGAGAGGAGCGGGAUGUUCCAGGAGGUUAUGACGGGGCUGUACUCCGGCACGGCGGAGAGCGCCCGGUGCGCGGCGGAGAUGGUGGAGAGGGACCAAAUUAGGGUUAGUGAUUUGAGAUUCUUCGAGGGGUUCUGCGCCUGGGAAGGGGCUCAGCUCAUGGAAGAUAUUCGGGCCGGGUAUUGGGCCUUAGCCGCUUGCAGCCCAUCUGUUGUUGGGCUCACUAGCGAAGGCCGUAUUGGGCUUUGGGAAGAAAUUACUGCCCUUCUUAGCCCAAACAAAGUUUGCUAGUUUUGGGCCUCAACAAGGGCCCAAAACCACCUGUAAAUACAGCCAUUCUCUGUUUAAAUAGAAAGGGAAAAAAAAAAAAAAAGGUUUUUUGGUCAACUAAUUUUUAUUUAUGAUUAGCAAGAAAUUUCGGGAUCAGAUGAAAAUGAAUGAAUUAAGUAAACAUAAUAUGUAUGUAGGAAUAAGAUGGAAUAAUUAACAGUAGUUUGUGUUGUGUGAGUUUGACGUGC